GGCCCCGUUGCAACGUAAUCUGUCAUGCCACUGCGCAUGUUCAUUUUUUGGACAAUCCUGUGGCCCAUUUCAAGAUGGCGGCAACGGUGGCACGGCGAGUAGGCCAGCUUCUUAGGCCAGUUGGUACAAGAUGUCUGAAUUACGACGCAACAAGGACAAAUAUGAUGAUAAAUAAACACUCUAAGGUUAUCUGUCAAGGAUUCACAGGCAAACAGGGGACAUUUCAUAGUGAACAAGCACUUGCAUAUGGAACAAAUCUUGUUGGUGGUGUUUCCCCUAAGAAGGCUGGAACAAAGCAUCUUGGAAGACCAGUUUUUGCUUCUGUAAAAGAGGCUAAAGAAGCAACCAACUGUGAUGCAACAGUUAUUUAUGUACCAGCCUCUGCUGCAGCUGAAGCCAUAUUUGAAGCAAUUGAUGCAGAGGUUCCUCUGAUUGUCUGUAUCACUGAAGGAAUCCCACAGCAAGAUAUGGUCAAGGUAAAACGACGACUUUUAGACCAAACUUCAAGUAGAUUAAUUGGACCAAACUGCCCUGGAAUAAUUAAGCCUGGCGAGUGUAAAAUUGGUAUUAUGCCUGGCCACAUUCAUAGGCCUGGAACAAUAGGCAUUGUUUCUCGUUCUGGUACGUUGACAUAUGAAGCCGUGCAUCAAACAACCCAAGUCGGUCUAGGACAAACUCUCUGCGUCGGUAUUGGAGGCGAUCCAUUUAAUGGAACCAACUUCAUUGAUUGUUUGGACAUAUUUUUAAAAGACAACAACACCAGAGGAAUUAUAAUGAUUGGUGAAAUUGGUGGUGGUGCUGAGGAAAAAGCUGCAGAAUAUUUGUUGGAACACAAUGUUGGAGAAAAACAUAAACCUGUUGUUGGAUUUAUUGCAGGGUUGACUGCACCCCCUGGAAGACGAAUGGGUCACGCUGGUGCUAUCAUUGCUGGCGGAAAAGGUGGUGCUGGUGCAAAGAUUGAAGCAUUGAAAGAGGCUGGCGUACACGUCACCAAUUCACCAGCACAGUUAGGAUCAACCAUGCGAGAGGUUUACGACCGUCAUUACUAUACACGAUGAAAUGUCAG